UCUGGCUCCGCCCCGUCUCCCCGCACCUCGCCCCUCCCCCGCCUGAUCCCGCAGCCCCGCGAUCGCGCCGCAGAGUUGGACUCCCUGAGUCCAUCCGCACAGGGUUGUGCCGAACGGGGUGUGAAGAAUUGCACUUUGCAGUGGAAGCAGCAUCCCCGUCAUCUGGGACCCCUCUGUUGUGCGGGGGGAAGGGGGCGGAGAGCAGAGGACCCGCCCUGACCUAGUCCGGCCCAGCCUUGUCCAGUCUGGCUUGAGCGCCCCGCCCAGGAGCUGGCUCUGAGGUAGGGGCCCACUGAGGGCCAGGAGUUCAGUAGGCCUGGGCUGAACCCUGGACAUCUGAAACCUCUCUACCCCAAGAUGAGCUAGGCCGCCAUGGACAAGAUCCUGGAGGCCGUGGUGACUUCGUCGUACCCGGCCAGCGUGAAGCAGGAGCUGGUGCGGCGCGUGCUGGAGGCGGCGCGGCAGCCGCUGGAGCGCGAGCAGUGCCUGGCGCUGCUGGCCCUGGGCGCGCGGCUCUACGUGGGCGGCGCCGACGAGCUGCCGCGCCGCGUGGGCUGCCAGCUGCUGCACGUGGCCGGCCGCCACCACCCGGACGUGUUCGCCGAGUUCUUCAGCGCGCGCCGCGUGCUGCGCCUGCUGCAGGGCGGCGCCGGCCCGCCGGGAGCCCGCGCGCUGGCCUGCGUGCAGCUGGGCCUGCAGCUGCUGCCCGACGGCCCCGCGGCCGACGAGGUGUUCGCGCUGCUGCGGCGCGAGGUGCUGCGCGCCGUGUGCGAGCGCCCGGGCCCCGCCGCGUGCGCGCAGGUCGCCCGGCUGCUGGCGCGCCACCCGCGCUGCGUGCCCGACGGCGCGCACCGCCUGCUCUUCUGCCAGCAGCUCGUGCGCUGCCUCGGCCGCUUCCGCUGCCCGGCCGAGGGCGAGGAGGGCGCCGUGGAGUUCCUGGAGCAGGCCCAGCAGGUGAGCGGGCUCCUGGCGCAGCUGUGGCGCGCGCAGCCCGCCGCCAUCCUGCCCUGUCUCAAGGAGCUGUUUGCGGUCAUCUCGUGCACAGAAGAGGAGCCACCGUCCAGCGCCCUAGCCAGCGUGGUCCAGCACCUCCCAUUGGAGCUCAUGGAUGGUGUUGUCCGGAACCUCAGUAAUGACGACAGCGUGACAGACUCUCAGAUGCUCACUGCCAUCAGCAGGAUGAUCGACUGGGUGUCCUGGCCCCUGGGGAAGAACAUCGACCAGUGGAUCAUAGCCCUGCUGAAGGGCCUGGCGGCUGUCAAGAAGUUCAGCAUCUUGAUCGAGGUUUCCCUCUCCAAAAUUGAAAAGGUCUUUUCCAAGCUGCUGUACCCCAUCGUGCGGGGGGCUGCCAUGUCUGUCCUCAAGUACAUGCUCCUGACGUUCCAGCACUCCCACGAGGCCUUCCACCUGCUCCUUUCGCACAUCCCGCCCAUGGUGGUCGCCCUGGUCAAGGAGGACUCGAACUCCGGGACCAGCUGCCUGGAGCAGCUGGCAGAGCUGGUGCACUGUAUGGUGUUUCGGUUCCCGGGCUUCCCAGACCUGUAUGAGCCUGUCAUGGAAGCCAUCAAGGAUCUGCAUGUUCCCAAUGAGGACCGCAUCAAGCAGCUGCUGGGUCAAGAUGCCUGGACGUCACAGAAGAGUGAACUGGCCGGCUUCUACCCACGGCUCAUGGCCAAAUCAGACACGGGCAAGAUUGGCUUAAUCAACUUGGGCAACACGUGCUAUGUGAACAGCAUCCUUCAGGCCUUAUUCAUGGCUUCUGACUUUCGACACUGUGUGCUCCGGCUGACGGAGAACAACUCUCAACCCUUGAUGACCAAGCUGCAGUGGCUCUUUGCCUUCCUGGAGCACAGUCAGAGGCCUGCCAUCUCCCCAGAGAACUUCCUCUCUGCAUCCUGGACACCCUGGUUCAGUCCUGGGACCCAGCAGGACUGUUCGGAGUAUCUAAAGUACCUGCUGGAUCGGCUGCACGAAGAGGAGAAGACCGGGGCAAGGAUCUGUCAGAAGCUCAAGCAGUCCAGCACACCCUCUCCCUCCGAGGAGCCCCCUAGCCCCAGUGCCACGUCGGUGGAGAAAAUGUUCGGAGGCAAGAUCGUGACUCGAAUAUGCUGCCUCCAGUGCCUCAACGUGUCCUCCCGCGAGGAGGCCUUCACGGACCUCUCUCUGGCCUUCCCGCCCCCCGAGCGCUGUCGCCGCCGCCGCCUGGGCUCCGUCAUGCUGCCCGCCCAGGAUGUCGGAGUCCAGGAGCUCCCGGCGGCGGCCGCUCCUGCCCAGGUUCCCGGCCAGGCGGGGCCUCGGAGGCAAAGGAAACACUGCAUCACAGGGGAGGCGCCCCGCGCUGUGCUGGACGCGGGAGGCCUGCCUUCCACUGGGGCUGGGGAGCAGACCGGCCAGGAGGAGAAGGUGGAGAGGGAGCAAUCGGGAAAGGAGGAGGAGGAGGCGGCGGAGGCGGAAAAGGAAGGGGAAGAUGAAGAAGGAACGAGGGAAAAGGAGAACGCUGAGAAAGAGGAGAGAGAAGAGAAGGAGAAAGACAAGAAGGAAGAAGAGAAGGAGAAAGACAAGAAGGAAGAAGAAAAGGAGAAGGAGGAGGACAGCCUGAGACCAGGGACCCAUAGGGACGCGGCCACUUCCUCCAGGGAGCCGGUGUUUGGCCCAGAGGGCUCUCGCUCUGUCCUGGACCUGGUCAACUACUUUCUGUCCCCCGAGAAGCUGACAGCGGAAAACCGCUACUACUGCGAGUCGUGUGCCUCCCUGCAGGAUGCAGAGAAGGUGGUGGAGCUGAGCCAGGGGCCACGCUACCUCAUCCUCACGCUGCUUCGCUUCUCCUUCGACCUGCGCACCAUGCGGCGCCGCAAGAUCCUCGACGACGUCACCAUCCCCCUGCUCCUGCGCCUGCCGCUGGCGGGGGGCCGGGGCCAGGCCUAUGACCUCUGCAGCGUGGUGGUGCACUCCGGAGUGUCCUCGGAGAGCGGCCACUACUACUGCUAUGCCCGCGAGGGCGCCGCCCGGCUGGCCCCAGCUCUGGGAGCCACUGACAGGCCGGAGCCCGAGAACCAGUGGUACCUGUUUAAUGACACCCGGGUGUCCUUCUCCUCCUUCGAGUCGGUCAGCAACGUCACCUCCUUCUUCCCCAAGGACACAGCCUAUGUGCUGUUCUAUCGCCAGCGCCCCAGAGAGGGGCUGGAGGCCGAGCCGGGCUCUCCCCGGCUCCGAGCGGAGCCCACCCUCCACAAGGACCUGAUGGAGGCCAUUUCCAAAGACAACGUGCUCUACCUGCAGGAGCAGGAGAAGGAGGCCCGGAGCAGGGCAGCCUAUAUCUCUGCACUCCCGGCCUCUCCACACUGGGGGAGGGGCUUCGAUGAAGACAAGGAUGAGGAUGAAGGCUCUCCUGGGGGCUGCAACCCUGCAGGUGGCAAUGGUGGUGAUUUCCACAGACUGGUCUUCUAACAGGAGCACCCACCUCCAACCUGCUUCCACCUGUGGUUGUACCAUGGCCAACGUGGGAGGGGCCAGGUGGGAGUCCAGGGCGCCAGCAAAGCACUCUGCUGUCAGUUGGGGUCUGAGGGUUACGGAGGCAGGGCCAGGGUGAAGUAGGCCCUUCUGAGAGUGAAAAAGAUGAAGAGGGAACACCUGGGAUGUUGGGCAGCAGCCAAAAGGGCCAAGCGAAGCCCAGAUGGAGGCGAGAACCAGGCCCUGGCACCGGCAUCUGUCCCUAAGAUUUUACGCUCAAGUGUCCUGAUAACUUGGAUGGGCCACCCCUGGGCUUUGCCUCCCCACAGGUCCAUCUUGGAGAGCCCAGCUGGCUCAGGAACCAGGGUGAUGCCUACCCAGCAUCCUGAGUCCAGUAGAAGUUCUUUUCGGUACUUUUCACCAAGCUUUUGCUUGAUAGGAGAAAAAAAAAUAAAAGCACAGCGAGAAUCAAGCCCCUUGCACCUGUUAAGGGGGCUCUGUGUUACCUCUGCCUGCUCUUGUUUCUUUGAGGGCAUUUUGGAGGCAAGGUAUGUGGAUGCCUUCCGGGGUCUGCAUUUUUGAGGCAUGUUUGUGGGAAGCAGUGUGGCAGAGAUCAGAGACAUUGAUCUUUCCUGUUCCAUUCCCUUGCCUGUCCCUUCCUCUACUCCAAGCAAUGCUAAACGGUGGGAGGAGAGCCCAGGCCCCAACCCUCCCCAGCCUGCCUCAGUGCCUGAGAUGCCUCCAUUGCAUCCCUUUCUGGUUAAGGUCCAGAGUCCUUAUUUUAUUGCAAAGACAGUCUUGUCAGGAAGCCAUUGCCAUUUGAGGAAGCUGGCUGGCUUGGCUCCUCGGAUGGCUGUGUGGGGGCUGGGGAGGGGGUGAACUAUGGAGUGCAAAAAACCUCAUUGUCAUAGCUACGUCCUCUUCUCAGUGGAGGAGAGACCAAUGUUCUUAAGCAGAAAUAAAAUUCUGUGAUCUGAA